AUGUACUCUGAGCCUAAAACUCUAUAUACAACAGCAAAAUUUCCAGAUGACCUAAUCAUUGACAUCCCGGUGCCAACGCUAAAAAAACUCUUAGAAAUCAAAAAGGUGAACAGUUCGUCUCCGCAAACUUCUUUUGUCGACGAUCAAAUCGAUAAAAGCGCAUUUGGGUUAUUCCUACUUGUAUUUGAGAACGAAGUUUAUAAGAAAACAAGAUUUUUUGCAAAAUUGUGGGGCAAAUUCGUAGCGGCCGGAAGGGAAGCUUGGGAAAAUGCAAAUGAAGCGUAUCGUGAUGCUUUUGAUAAACUCGCUGUUGAGCUAAAUUCUUAUUAUGAAUAG